AUCGCUGGACGUGUGCACAAACUCUCGGACAAGCACAUACUCACAAAAUUCGACAAUUUUUCUUGACUUUUGAAGUUGAUAACACGGACACCCCGAUUCUGAAUUUGGAGCCAAUUGCAGAGAAUCAAGUUCUUGAUCGAGAUGGAGCUAUGGGUUCGCUUCCUCUGCUUGGUGUGCGCCCUCACCUGUUCAGCUGAAGCUACAACGACGGCUGAUGUGACAACGACGGCUGGUGUGACAACGAUGGCUGAUGUGACAACGACGGCUGAUGUGACAACGACGGCUGAUGUGACAACGACGGCUAAUGUGACAAUGACGGCUAAUGUGACAACAUCGGAUACGGAGUCUACGACACCAAUGGACACUACUCCCACUCCUGAAGCUAUGACGAUGGCUAAUGUGACAACGACGGCUGAUGUGACAACGACGGCUAAUGUGACAAUGACGGCUAAUGUGACAACAUCGGAUACGGAGUCUACGACACCAAUGGACACUACUCCCACUCCUGAAGCUAUGACGACGGCUGAUGUGACAACGACGGCUGAUGUGACAACGACGGCUGAUGUGACAACGACGGCUGAUGUGACAACGGCAUCGGAUACAGCUGCGCCACCAAUGACUGAUGUGACAACAUCGGAUACGGGAGAGUCUACGACAACAAUGGCCCCGAUGACAAUGGCCACAACAGCCACGCCAACGACCCCCACUCCUGUUGAUGAGUGCCUCGAUCUCAACUCUUGUGGUGCACACUCCACAUGUCUGGAUACGCCUACAUCUUUUGACUGCAUGUGCGACACUGGCUACGCACACGAUGGCAACUCAAGUGUUUGCGGGGAUAUCGACGAAUGCUCAUCAAGCUCGCCCUGUGAUAUGAAUGCAGACUGUGCAAACACGGUUGGAUCAUUCACCUGUAUGUGCCAUGAUGGCUUCUACGGCAGUGGUGUGAUGUGUACAGAUACAAAUGAAUGUCAGAACCCAGAGCUGUUUACCUGUGUUGCAAACAGCGAUUGUUACAACACUGUGGGCUCCUACAUGUGCAAUUGUAUCAGCGGUUACGUGAAGGACGGCGAGGCAUGCGUUGACAUUGACGAAUGCACCGCAGAUAGCGACAAUUGUGACCCCAAUGCCCUCUGCACAAAUACCGAAGGCAGUUUCACAUGUACAUGCAACUCUGGAUACAUUGGAAAUGGAGUUAGCUGUGUUGAUGUGAAUGAGUGUGCCAGCGCAGAUACCUGUCCGAUUAUGAAUACAGUUUGUACUAAUACACCUGGGUCGUACAGUUGCAACUGCCUCACCGGCUUUAUGAUGGUUGGGGUCAGUAACUGUGAUGAUAUUGACGAAUGCAGCACGGCCAAUACCUGUCCUGCUAACUCAACUUGUUCAAACACCGUUGGUUCUUUCAUGUGCAACUGCGAUAGUGGUUUUGUGAAAAAUGGUGAUUUGUGUGCAGAUAUUGACGAGUGUGCACUUUCUACAGACAACUGUGACCAGGAGUGUGCAAAUACUGAUGGCGAUUUCCAGUGCUCUUGUAUCGCAGGUUUUACACCCAAUGCAAUGAUGACACAACAAUGUGAUGCUACUCAAAAUUGCACUGAUCCAAACUUCUGCGGACAAAACGCUGUUUGUUACUCGGACAACGGUAACGACACCUGUAUAUGUGACAAUGGAUUUGAAGCCACGAAUGACACACACUGUCAAGAUAUCAACGAGUGCAACGACUACACACUGAAUACAUGCACAAAUGUAACGGGGAGUUGUACAAACGUUGAGAGCACUUUCACCUGUGACUGUAUCUCUGGCUAUGAAAUUGCAUCUGAUCAACGAAGUUGUUUCGACAUUGAUGAGUGUUUAACCGACACCCAUUCCUGUGAUGACAACGCACUUUGUACCAACGUUGAAGGCUCUAAUAACUGCACGUGCAAUGAUGGCUACGAGGGCAACGGAACAAGCUGUAUGAAUAUCAAUGAAUGUUCAAGUAGUCCAUGUGAUACAAAUGCAGACUGCACGGACACCGAUGGAUCUUAUACAUGUGCAUGUGUAACCGGUUACCAAGGCAACGGAUUCAAUUGCUUUGAUGUCAACGAGUGUGAAAUGGACCCAUGUCAUGCAGAUGCUGAAUGUAAUAACACUGCAGGCUCGUACAUGUGCACAUGUAAUGCUGGUUAUACAGGCAAUGGGACACAAUGCACCGAUAUGAACGAAUGCGACGAUCCAACAAAUUGUGGUGAUAACAGCGACUGCACCAAUACUGCUGGCUCGUUCUACUGCGUAUGUCAGACAGGCUACCGCGGUGAUGCCCGGGUGCUAUGCUCCGAUAUUAACGAAUGUGAUGAGGACCCUUCAAGCUGUCACGUCAACGGAGAAUGUAGCAACACUAACGGCAGCUUUAGCUGUCAAUGCAGCACGGGAUAUAGCGGAGAUGGAAACAUGUCGUGCACAGAUAUUGACGAGUGUGCACUUUCUACAGACAACUGUGACCAGGAGUGUACAAAUACUGAUGGCGAUUUCCAGUGCUCUUGUAGCUCAGGUUUUACACCCAAUGCAAUGAUGACACAACAAUGUGAUGCUACUCAAAAUUGCACUGAACCAAGCUUCUGCGGACCAAAGGCUGUUUGUUUCUCGGUCAACGGUACUGACACCUGUAGAUGUGACAAUGGAUUUGAAGCCACCAGCAACACACAAUGUGAAGAUAUCGACGAGUGCGCCAACAACACACUGAAUUCAUGUGCAAACGUAACAGGGUUAUGUACAAACGCUGAGGGCACUUACACCUGUGGUUGUAUCACUGGCUAUGAACUCGAGGUUGAUCAACGAAGUUGUUCCGAUGUCAACGAGUGCGAAAUGGACCCAUGUCAUGCAGAUGCUGAAUGUACUAACACUGCAGGCUCGUACAUGUGCGCAUGUAAUGCUGGUUAUUCAGGCGAUGGGAAACAAUGCACCGAAAUCAAUCCCUGCUUGUAUGCCACCAUGGUACAACAAUGUAAGGAUCAGGAUUUCACCACGUGUGUUCAUGAUGGCCCUGGAAAACAUCAUUGCGAGGGCUGCAUGGGUGGCUGGACUCUUACCGAUGGCAUAUGCAAAAGACUACCCAGGGUUAUUGGAAAAGUAGCAAUACAGUUUAUUAAUGGCGUUGAAGCAUCCUUCACAGUUGAUUUAACAAACAGGGAUUCAGCUGCGUUUAUACGGUUGGCAACUGAUUGUUGUGCAAGCUUCUUGAGAGCUUCCAUUGCCAUCGCUUGUGACGUUACUUCAUUUACCGAAGGAUCCAUUAUUGUCGACUUUGUGCUUGGUUUCCCUGAAAGCGCAACAGACAUAAACGAGACUGCGUUAGCACAAAGCAUCAUGGAUGACGCCAAUGCAACUGGAAUUGGGCUAGACCCCAACGUUGAACUAAGAACUAACACGAUGUUCUGUGAGAAUACAACCUGUGAAAAUGACGGAAUUUGUUACAUAAAUGAAUCGAUGCUCCAGUGCAAUUGUAUCAACGGAUACACAGGAAGUAGCUGUUCCAUAAGCCCGAGGCAGAUUGAAGUGUCGUUUACGAUGACACAGGUGAACUUCACAGCUGAACUGGCAGAGGAAUUAUCAAUUGAAUUUUUAUACUUGGAAGAUUUUGUAUGCAAUUUUCUGCUGAGUGUAACCUCUGCAAGUGGAUGUGAUGUGAUAAGUUUCAGUGAUGGCUCCGUUAUCGUAAACUCUGUCUUAAGCUAUUCCACGGAUGACACAACAAAUUUGACAACAAUCAAAAAUGAGAUUGAAGAUGGUGCUCCCGCAGCAACAAUUACUAUCAGGAUGAAUUCACUCACUGUUGGAGAUGUAACAACACCAGCACCAACAACGGCAGCAGCACCAACAACGGCAGCACCACCAACAACGGCAGCACCAACAGAUCCAGAUCCAGCAGGCCUAACUACUGCUCAGAUCGUCGGCAUCGUCCUGGGGUCAGUUGCGCUUCUACUCAUCAUCAUCAUCAUCAUCGUUGUCGUGGUGAUGAAAUGCUCCAAGAAGAACAAGAUCGGCUCAGAGCCGGACAUGGAGUCGGCAAGGAAUCAACGAGGAAGACCGUCAUCAAGCGGAAGGCGUUCAAGGGAGGGAGAAGCAGAUCGUAUACCAUUGCAGGAACAAUAG